AUGGGUCGUGUCAGAACUAAAACCGUUAAGAAGGCUUCCCGUGUCCUCAUCGAAAAGUACUACCCACGUCUUACUCUCGAUUUCCAAACCAACAAGAAGAUCUGUGAUGAAGUCGCUGUUAUCCCAAGUAAGCGUCUCAGAAACAAGAUUGCUGGUUUCACCACUCACUUAAUGGGUCGUAUCCAACGUGGUCCAGUCAGAGGUAUUUCCUUCAAGCUUCAAGAAGAAGAAAGAGAACGUAAGGAUCAAUACGUUCCAGAUGUUUCUGCUCUUGAAAAGCAAGUUGAAAUUGACGAAGAUGUUGAAGCUCUUCUCAAGGCUAUGGGAAUGGAAGAUAUUCCAAAUGUCGUUGUUGGUCAAAA